GGGUGCGGUGCCCGGUGUCGUUCCGUGAAAGAGCCGGCCGUGUUUCCCGAUGUGGGGGGGGGGGUUUGACAUCGCGAUGCUCUGCUGAGGCCGUGCUGCAGUGCGCGCGUCCCGGAGACGUGUUUGCGGUAGUGCUCCGCAGCGAGGAUAGCCGGAGAGAAAAGGGACGGCGAAGGUCGGCUUCCUGAAGAGAAUCGAGAAGGAGAUCCAGCAGAAGUGGGACGAUGAGCGAGUCUUUGAGACCAGCGCUGUGGACAGGUGCGAUCCAAAGAGCAAGGGGAAGUACUUUGUUACUUUUCCUUACCCCUACAUGAAUGGAAGACUUCACCUGGGACACACCUUUUCUUUAUCCAAAUGCGAGUUUGCAGUUGGAUAUCAGAGGCUCAAGGGGAAGAACUGCUUGUUCCCAUUUGGUCUGCAUUGCACUGGGAUGCCCAUAAAGGCUUGUGCAGAUAAACUCAAAAGAGAAAUGGAGCUGUAUGGCUGCCCACCUGAAUUUCCUGAUGAGGAGGAAGAGGAGGAAGAAAACUCUGCUAGAAAAGAUGAAGAGAUCAUCAUCAAAGACAAAGCAAAAGGAAAAAAGAGUAAAGCUGCUGCCAAGAGUGGUUCUUCCAAGUACCAGUGGGGCAUCAUGAAGUCUUUGGGUCUGUCGGAUGAAGAAGUGGUCAGUUUCUCUGAAGCUGAGCACUGGCUGGAUUAUUUCCCUCCCCUUGCUGUCCAGGACCUAAAAAGUAUGGGAUUAAAGGUGGAUUGGAGGCGUUCCUUCAUUACCACAGAUGUUAAUCCGUACUACGAUUCCUUUGUGCGAUGGCAGUUCCUGACCUUAAAAGAAAGAAAUAAGAUUAAGUUUGGGAAACGAUACACAAUUUACUCUCCAAAAGAUGGGCAGCCUUGCAUGGAUCAUGACAGGCAAACGGGAGAGGGUGUUGGACCUCAAGAAUACACUCUAAUAAAAAUGAAGGUGUUAGAUCCUUAUCCAGCCAAGUUAAGUGGCCUGAAAGGAAAAAAUAUCUUCUUGGUGGCUGCGACGCUCAGACCGGAGACCAUGUUUGGGCAGACCAACUGCUGGGUCCGCCCGGAUAUGAAAUACAUUGGCUUUGAAACUGUGAGUGGGGAUAUCUUUAUCUGCACCCAGAGAGCUGCCAGGAACAUGUCCUACCAGGGCUUUACGAAAGACAGCGGAGUUGUGCCUGUUGUGAAGGAACUGAUGGGAGAAGAGAUUCUUGGUGCUGCGCUUUCUGCACCUCUCACCAGCUACAAAGUUGUGUAUGCUCUUCCUAUGCUCACAAUCAAGGAAGAUAAAGGAACGGGAGUGGUCACCAGUGUCCCCUCUGAUUCUCCAGAUGACAUUGCUGCCCUGAGGGAUCUGAAAAAAAAACAGGCCCUCAGAGGGAAGUAUGGUAUCAGAGAUGAGAUGGUGCUGCCGUUUGAGCCGGUGCCCAUCAUUGAAAUCCCAGGUUAUGGCAACCUUUGUGCUCCAUUCAUCUGUGAUGAGCUCAAAAUCCAGAGCCAGAAUGACAGAGAGAAACUUGCUGAGGCCAAGGAGAGAGUGUACCUUAAAGCAUUUUAUGAAGGAGUAAUGUUGGUGGAUGGAUUUAAAGGACAAAAAGUUCAAGAUGUCAAGAAACGUGUACAGAAGAUGAUGGUGGAUAAUGAUGAAGCCAUGAUUUAUAUGGAACCUGAGAAACAAGUGAUGUCAAGGUCUGCUGAUGAAUGUGUUGUGGCCCUUUGUGACCAGUGGUAUUUAGAUUAUGGUGAAGUGGACUGGAAGAAACAGGCAUCAGAGUGCUUGAAACAGCUGGAGACGUUUUGUGAGGAGACGAGACGGAAUUUCGAAGCUACUCUGGGUUGGCUCCAGGAACACGCGUGCUCCAGGACAUACGGCUUAGGUACCCGUUUGCCUUGGGAUGAGCAGUGGCUGAUUGAGUCUCUCUCAGACUCUACAAUCUACAUGGCCUAUUACACGGUAGCUCAUCUGUUACAGGGAGGUAACCUGAGAGGUCAGGGAGAAUCUCCUCUAGGCAUCAGAGCGAAUCAAAUGAGCAAAGAAGUUUGGGAUUACAUCUUCUUCAAGGAAGCUCCAUUUCCUAACACAGAGAUUCCGAAAGAGAAGUUGGACAAGCUAAAGGAAGAGUUUGAGUUCUGGUAUCCUGUGGAUCUCAGAGUAUCUGGCAAAGAUCUUGUUCCAAAUCACCUGUCAUACUACCUCUAUAACCAUGUGGCAAUGUGGUCGGAUCAGAGAGAAAAAUGGCCGGUAGCUGUUAGAGCGAAUGGACACCUCCUCCUCAAUUCUGAAAAGAUGUCUAAAUCUACAGGCAACUUCCUUACCCUAACUCAAGCUGUGGACAAGUUUUCUGCAGAUGGAAUGCGUUUAGCCCUGGCUGAUGCUGGGGACACUGUUGAAGAUGCCAACUUUGUGGAAGCCAUGGCUGACGCUGGGAUUCUUCGUCUCUACACGUGGGUGGAGUGGGUAAAGGAGAUGAUUGCAAACAGAGACAGUUUAAGAAGUGGUCCUGCCAACACCUUCAAUGACAGAGUCUUUGCCAGUGAAAUUAAUGCAGGCAUAAAGAAGACAGAUCAGAAUUAUGAGAAGAUGUUAUUUAAGGAGGCUCUGAAGACUGGCUUCUUUGAAUUUCAGGCAGCAAAAGAUAAAUACCGUGAGCUGGCGAUAGAAGGGAUGCACAGAGAGCUGGUGUUUCGGUUCAUCGAAGUUCAGACUCUGCUCUUGGCUCCUAUCUGUCCCCACCUGUGUGAGCACAUCUGGUCACUGCUGGGAAAGCCUGAUUCCAUCAUGAAAGCCUCCUGGCCAGAAGCUGGCCCUGUGGACGAGAUCUUAAUUGGCUCUUCUCAGUACCUCAUGGAAGCAGCUCAUGACCUCCGACUCCGUCUCAAGGGCUACAUGGCACCUGUGAAAGGAAAGGUGAAAGGUGCUAAAGAACCUUCCCAGAAGCCUUCUCACUGCACCAUCUACGUCGCCAAGAGCUACCCCCCAUGGCAGCACACCACCCUGCUGCUUCUGCGCCAGCACUACCAGGUCACCGGAGGUCGGCUGCCAGACAACAAGGUGAUUGCCAGUGAGCUCAGUGCCCUGCCAGAGCUGAAGAAGUACAUGAAGAAGGUCAUGCCUUUUGUUGCCAUGGUUAAGGAAAACCUGGAGAAGAAUGGUUCGCGUGUUCUUGAUCUGGAGCUGGAAUUCGACGAGCGGGCAGUGCUCAUGGAGAACAUCGUCUAUCUGACAAAUUCCCUGGAGCUGGAUCACAUUGAAGUGAAGUUUGCUUCUGAAGCAGAAGAUAAAAUAAAAGAGGAGUGCUGUCCUGGAAAACCAUUCUCUGUAUUCAGAACUGAGCCCAGUGUGUCUGUGUUUUUGGUGAACCCUCAACCAUCAAAUGGCCACUUCUCUACGAAAAUUGAGAUUAGGCAAGGAGAUAACAGAGAGACUGUGAUCAGGCGCCUAAUGAAGAUGGACAGAGGCAUCAAAGAUCUCUCCAAAGUGAAGCUGAUGAGGUUUGAUGAUCCGGUUCUUGGGCCUCGCCGUGUUCCGGUCCUCGGCAAAGAAGAAGCAGAGAAAACUGCUAUUCCAGAGCAGGCAGUUUUCCACAUCGACCUGGCUGAGAAACGUGUGUGCGUCACAGAGAGCGGCCUGAGGAGGGACAUCGGUGACACCAUGGUGUACCUGGUGCACUGAGCUGCCUGUGUGCAGCUUCAUCCCUGGCUGAGAGAGGGAGAGCUCGUGGAGUGACUUUGAAAGUGUUUGUGACAAAGAUGUGAAUUUGUUCUUCAAAAAAGAAAAAAGCCCACACAAAGAAAUGCCUUUUUUGCAUGCAAAUUUAUCUCCACUCUUUAAAAUGUGGAUAUAAUGGAAUUAUUUUCCUUUGGCCCUUUGGGUUUUUUUGAAAA